GAGGCGGCGAAGGACUCACCUCUCUUCUAAGGCAUUCUCACCGCCUCGCAGGAGGCAACGUCGGGGUUCGACUGAUCCGGCCUAGAGCGCGGGCGUUUUGAUGGGCUGCGGAACCGGCGCAGGGAAGAAAGACCCCUCCUCCUUUGUCCGGGAUCCCGAUGGCGUCGGUUCUGGAAGAUCCUGUUUUGAUUCGUCAUUUUAAAGGCCACAAAGAUGCAGUAACUUGUGUUGCUUUCAGUCCAACUGCUAAAGGUCUUGCUACCUCUUCUCUGGAUAGGUUUCUCAUGAUGUGGCAUUUUAGGCCAAACUCCAAAGCCUUCAGAUUUGUGGGUCAUUUAGAAGGUGUCACCAGUGUACAGUUUUCACCAGAUGGAUACUUGUUGGCAUCUGCUUCUCUAGACCGAACUGCCAGACUAUGGAUUCCUUGUAUCCAUGGUGAAUCCACCCCAUUAAAGGGCCAUACUGCCCCAGUGCGUAGUGUGAACUUCUCACAUGACAGUCAGUUUCUAGUUACUGCAUCUAAUGACAAGUCAGUGAAAGUGUGGAGCAUUUACAGCCAACAUCUUUUGUUUUCCUUAUCCCAGCACACACAUUGGGUGCGUUGUGCCAAAUACUCACCAGAUGGAAGAUUAAUAGUAUCUUGCAGUGAAGAUAAAACUGUUAAAAUCUGGGAUAUAAGAAACAAGAUAUGCAUUAAUAAUAUAAUAGACCAUGAUGGCUUUGCAAACUAUGUGGAUUUUAAUCCUGAUGGUACAUGUAUAGUUUCUGCUGGUUCUGAUCAUACCGUGAAGUUCUGGGACAUUCGAAUAAACAAAUUAUUGCAGCGUUAUGAAGUUCACAGGGCUAGUGUUAACUACACAUCUUUCCAUCCUUCUGGCAACUAUCUCAUAACAGCAUCUAGUGAUGGAACUCUUAAGAUUAUGGAUCUUUUAGGAGGAAGACUCUUAUACACACUUCAUGGGCAUGAGGGUCCUGUCCUCUCUGUAGCUUUUUCAAAAGAUGGAGAGACAUUUGCUUCUGCUGGCACAGAUGCACAGGUACUGCUCUGGAAGACAAAUUUUGAUGCAUCUGAAUAUAAGAAAGUUCUUAAAAAGCAUAUGCAAAGGUUACAUAGUGACGACCCCCCUCACCUUCUGGAUAUUUACCCUCGAUCACCUCACCGCCAUGAUGCAAAAUCACAGUCAGUUGAGAUAAAUCCCAGCUAUGAUGUAACAAAUAUGCAAAUAUUUGACCCUCCUGUUGUAAAUAUUACUUCAUCACCUUCUUUUCCUCCAGUAUCACAGUUGAGAACAAAUCCAUCUGUAGCCCACUGGUCUGUGCACCAAAAUGAAGUGAACAACGAAGACUUGCAGCAUCCUUCCAUGUUAUCUUUUCCAACAAUGUCAAAAAGAAAUUUGAAAUGUGAAAGUAAGUCCAUGGUGCACACUGUGGCUGAACCACGAACCAUGGAUGAGUCUGUGAGCAUUUCACCAGUAUUGACUAAUGCCUUGGAGCACAUUGUGGAGCAAUUAGAUGUUCUGACUCUUACUAUUUCAAUCUUGGAACAGCGCCUGACUUUGACUGAAGAUAAAUUAAAAGAGUGCUUAGAAAACCAAGGGAAACUGUUACUUUCUGUCAGACUGUGAGAAGAAACAACAUAAAUGCUAGUAAAUAAAAAUCUUCAGAAACCUGCAAGAGCAAUCAAGCUAUUAGGAAGAGGAAAUGAGCAGCCUGGUUACACAGAACAUAUUGUACCUUUCAAAUAUUAACCAUUGUUAAUUGUCUGUUGCCUCAGACAGAAUGGCUACAAGCCAUCACAUGAGAAAUGAGCUGGACCCACAAAGAAACAUCAGUUUCAACAAGUCAUUUGUGUAUGGAAAAGAAUGUUUUCUUGCUGAAAAAGAAGCCUCUCGUUAGCAUGCUCUUGUACAGUAGCAAAAGUACAUUGAGAAAACCCUUAUUAUGGUGAUACACACUCUCCUCCCCCUCAAAUUCUCCCCGAAGAAUUCCAUAUGCCAUGUCUAUUCUGUUACUUCUCUGUGGUGUGAAUGUCGUUGUCCUUGAAUAUGUACAUGCCUAUCCAUGCUAAGUGUUGCUAGAACACAUAAGAGGAAUGUGUUUCCUUAUUAGAGUAGCAAAUACUGUAUACACCUUUUGAGAUUUCAGAAUCCUCAGCAUUGACCA